CGCCCGCGCCGCGCGCUCCCCGCCAAGAUUCGCCAGGCGGCCUCGUCUCCUCCCAUCCCCCUAUAGCCUCCCUAUAGUCCGCCUAUAACACCACCACCACCUCCCGGGCUCCCCCGCACGAACCGCGGACCAGACACACACAACCCCGACGCAGCCGCGCGCGCGCACAGAGCCGGAGAGAGAGGGAGAAAGAGGCACCGGGCCCGUCGCAUGGGAGCGCGGUCGACGGCGACCGCGGGGGAGGCGGUGGCGAGGCGGGGCAGCAGGAAGAAGGCAGCCAUGGCGCCGUCGCUGGGCGGCGUGGAGGCCGGCGGCAGGCGCAGGGGCCCGCCGCGUCUGGUGGGGUACGAGGAGCUCCCCGAGUACCUCAAGGACAACGAGUACAUCCGCGGCCACUACCGCGUCGAGUGGCCCAUCCGCGACGCCCUCCUCAGCGCCUUCUCCUGGCACAACGAGACGCUCAACGUCUGGACGCAUUUGGGCGGGUUCCUGCUGUUCCUGGCGCUCGCCGUCGCCGGAGGCGGCCCGGAGGCCGCACACGAGGCCGCGCCGGGGAUCAUGAGGUUUGUGGUGGGAUCAGCUAAUUCGUCAUGGAAGAGCGAUCAGUCGGGCCUGCCGAGCCAUGACGCGGCGGCGGCGGUCCUGGGAGGACACGGCGUGCCGCGGUGGCCGCGGAUGGUGUUCCUCGUGGGCGCCAUGGCGUGCCUGGCCAUCAGCGCGACGGCGCACCUCCUCGCGUGCCACUCGCGCCGCGCCACCGUCGUCUUCUGGCAGCUGGACUACGCCGGCAUCUCCAUCAUGAUCGUCGCCUCCUUCGUCCCGCCCGUGUACUACGCGUUCCUCUGCCACCCGCCCGCGCGCAUCGCCUACCUCUCCGCCAUCACCGUCCUCGGCGCGCUCGUCGUGGCCGUGCUGCUCUCGCCGUCGUGCUCCUCGCCGCGGUACCGCCGGCUCCGCGCCACGCUGUUCCUCGCCAUGGGGAUGUCCGGCGUCAUCCCGGCGGUGCACGCGCUCUGGAUCAACUGGGGCCACACCGCCUGCUACAUGGCCCUCGGGCUGGAGGUGGCCAUGGGGCUCGCCUACGCGGUCGGCGCCUGGUUCUACGUCAGCCGCGUGCCGGAGAAGUGGCGCCCCGGCGUCUUCGACGUCGUCGGCCACAGCCACCAGAUCUUCCACGUCUUCGUGCUCGUCGGCGCCAUCACGCACUACGUCGCCGUAGCCGUGCUGCUCGACUGGCGGGAGAAGGCGGCCGUCUCGUGCGGCGGCGUGACGUCGUAGGCGGCUUGCUGGAACUUGGAACAAGAAAUUAAAUUGUAAGUCGUGCCAUUCGAAAUCAUUGGACAAUUCGAAUGUACGUAGUAGUGAGCUAGUAGUAGCAAUGUGCUUAAUCUAGUGGCAGCUUGUGAAUUUGUGAUUUGAGAUAUGCAAAUGCAAUACAGUUGAUGA